AGCAUAUAUAAAGUCGAAAACGAGCGCUCCUCCCAAAAGGAUCGACUCCUCUAAAAAACAGGACCGCGUCGGGGGUUUUCUUCCCUCCCAGCGCCGUCUCCAUCCCCGCCUUCUCUAAUGCUACGAAGGUACUGAAGCUUUUGGUGGCAAGAGUUUUUGCAGUGGAUAUUUUCAUUAAAGCCCGGUAUCGUUAAAGCUGUCUGGAAUUUGCUAUGCCUCUGUACAAAAGGAAGCCCUUUUACCUGGCAGAGCCACCACAAGAUAUGGAUCCGAACGAGCUUGUUUUCCAAGUUCGUUUUACAAAGGAGGUAUUUCGGGAUUAUCAAGAGUACUUGAAGAGAUUGAAUUUUUAUCGCCAAAGAGUUUGGACAUGUAAAGUUACUGGGAAAACUAAUUUAACUUAUGAAGAAGCUUUGGUCUCAGAGCGUCGUGCAACGGAGAAGGUUCAACAAUUCCCUAAGGAAUUAGUGGCUCCUGUUCUUCAUCUGAUCCAAUACAGUACUCUCAGUUUAAAAGAUCUUGUCAAUGAAGUUUACACUAUGUUACAAGAACGUAUGUUUGAAGGCUUAGAAUUGCAUGGGAGGAAGGAGCAGUCUGUAUGUGCAUGCAAAAUCUUGAAGAUUUUAGAUAAUGGAGACACCACAUUAUACAAAGUGGGUUGGGUUGAUAAAGCUAGGAAAGUAACUGACACUUCAAUAGUCAAGGCUGGUGAACUGAUACGGAAGAAGCCACCAUUUAGUAGGAAUGUACUGAAAGCAUUUAUUAGAGAAUCAACUUCAAAGAGUGCCCCAUGGGUGGUUCAUGAAAACCUUGCGAAGAAGCAUGGGAUUUCCACUGAACUUCUUGAAGAGUUGAAGGACAGAUUUAUUGUUCAAAAUGGCAAAGUACACAAAAAAGCAGGAAGAAACAAUGUUAUGGAUGUCAAAGAUAACAAAAUCAACAAGAAAAGGAAAGAGAUAGAAAAUGAAAAUUUGGAAGGCAUGGGUACGAUCAAGAAAAAAUUAAAGAAAGAGGAAGAGAAGCCGGAAGAAAAACCAGUUAAAUACCCAAUUGAUGACCUCUUAGUGCAGCCUGCUGCAGAUGAUCCUGUUUUCACAGAUCGCCCUACUCUGUCUAUGGAUUUUCAUGUGCCUAUGGAUUGUGUUGGGGACCUUCUUAUGGUUUGGGAUUUUUGCUCUUCUUUUAGUAGGUUGUUGCAUCUUUGGCCAUUUUCUCUGGAAGAUUUUGAAAAUGCACUCUGCCACAAGGACAGUGAUCUUAUGCUCCUUGUGGAAUUGCAUUCUGCAAUUUUCCGCUUGCUUAUUAAGGAUGAAAGUGACUAUUUCAUGGCUGUACAGAGCAAAAGAAGGAAAUCAAAGAUUACGUUAGCCAACUGGGCUGAAUACUUAUGUGACUUCUUGGAGAUGGAAGGUAGAGCUGAAUUGUCAAGUCACGUGGCGACUAUAAAACGGGGGCAUUAUGGUCUUCUUGACAUUAAUGUGAAACUGGAAAUUCUCCGUGAAUUGGUUUUAGAGGCUCUCACAACCGAUGCUAUUAGAGAGAAAUUAGAUGACUGCAUUGAACAGCAGCAGGCACUUGCAGCUACUAGAAGGGAGCAACUUAGAAAGAAGAAAAAAGAGCAGCAUCUGAAAAAGGAAGAGACUGACAAUAAACAAAUGGAUCGGGGACAUGUUCUGGAGAAUGGCAAAGAAAACUCACAUAAUUCUGUUUCACAGCAAGGAACUGAGAAGGUUAUUUCAUCUAAGAAAAACCACAUUUCAGAAAAUGGGGAAAUUGCAAAUAAGCCAAGGAUGGAUGAUGGAGGUGGCGCUGAGAGACUAAAGCAUUUAUCUGCUACCAAGGAUGCUAUGAAGGGACAGAGAAGAGGGAAGGACAAAGACAAAGAAGCUUGGGAGAAGAAACCUGGAGAAUACAAGGAGCAGCACCUUGAAAGGGAGAUAGAGAAAUUGUCCAUACGCACUAGUUCAUUAGGAAAAGAUAGAAACUACAACAGGUAUUGGUUUUUCCGGCAUGAAGGAAGACUUUUUGUUGAAAGUUCAGACCAUAAGCAGUGGGGCUACUACAGUACCAAGGAAGAGCUUGAUGCAUUGAUGGGCUCAUUAAAUCCAAAAGGUGAGAGGGAGAGAGCCCUGCAAAGGCAGUUGGAGAAGUACUAUCUCAGGAUAAGUACGGCGUUACAGAAGAGAUCAAAAGAUGUUGCCCAAAAAAUCCUGCUUGAGGAAGCUGUGCUCAGGCGGUCUACACGUGUUCGAGCCCAACCGAGGGAUAGCCCUGCUAUGGCAUUCCUCAGGUAUGUCAACAAGUGGAAGGAGAACUGAAAUACCAAAUGAUUAAAUUGGCAAUUUCUGUUACUGCCAUAUCCCUUAAAUGAUAUGUGGAUGAUGGGCCUUCUGUCUCAAGGCCUUGGUACAGAAGCAAAGAAAUCAAAAACUGAUGUUUCAUCGGCCUCAAGACUUACAUCAUGUGAUCCGAGCCUUCCAGCUCAUCCCAUUUUUGAAUUGCCUUGUUACAAAUUAUAAAGUUUCAUGACAUGGUUGUUAUCAAGCAAUUAAUUGUAAUUCUAUUUUUCUGGUCAGGCUGAUUUAAUCUAUCUGGAGUAUAUCCAACUAUAUGUAUCAUGGUCAUAUUAACAGCCUGCGGUUAAUGCAUAAUUUGCUUUUCUAGGUAGUAAAAGGUCAAGGCUCUUUUAUUAUCUUAUGGAAGGAUUUCGUUGUGUCACACACAGAAGAGGGGGGAAGAGAGAGAGAGAGAGGGGCUAUGUUAUGGGCUUGGGCCAAUGUUAAGAUGACAUUUGUUGGGACCAUCAUCCACGUAUGCAACUCUUACUGAAGUAAUUUUGUAUCUUUUGCAGGCACUAUUAUAAUUAGGUUUUUUUGGGCCCGCAAAUUGCAUACAGAAAACAAUUGUAAUCCUUCGAUUUCCAUAUUAACUUCAAAAACCGCACACCUGCGCGCAACUCCAAGUCUUGCAAGGAAUUAGAGUGGUCCCUCCUAAUCAUGGCCAUAUACAUGUACCGCAUGAAAUUCCACUUAACAAUUGCCAACCUUGGAAAUAGGCUUCUCUCAUUCAAUCCUAAAUCCCAACUCCAAUCUCGCUAGGAAUAAAAUCCCAUGACGAUUUCCCCUACUACUGGUAGCAAGGUCAUCAUAGCUGCCGUAAUGGUUUGCCUAUCCCACCACGUAUCCGCAUUCAUAACCAAGAACUUGGAAUGACGUCCAUCCCGUAGGAACACGUGGCCGGCACUAAAUCCACUCAAAAAAAAAAAACUUCCAUCCAAAAGCAUAAGAUCUAAGAGCACGGGAGGGCUAAGGAGGCCUUCAGAUUUCUCUGUCCAACCAUCAUCUUCUCCUCCUUGUCCCCCCACCCAAAAAAAA